AUGGCUGCCGAAAAGGCCGCUCUCGCCUCUGGCGCUGACCUGGGCGAUGGCCUGAGAAAGCGACAGGUUGCCUCACCAGGCGCGCCCUCGCUCAAUGCAUCUCAGCCAGAUGACAAGAAGAAGCUUGCGAAGAAGGAGAAAUCUUUCUUCGAAGUGUUUGCAGAUAUAGAGUCCAUCGUUGCCCCGCUGAUCUUCACGGCCGUUGCCAUCUUCACGCGAUUGUAUAAAAUUGGCAUUAGCGAUAUCGUCACUUGGGAUGAGGCUCACUUUGGCAAGUUUGGCAGCUACUACAUCAAGCAUGAAUACUACUUCGACGUCCACCCUCCCCUCGGAAAGAUGCUGGUUGGUCUCUCUGGAGUCCUCGCCGGCUACAACGGAUCCUUCGAAUUCAAGUCUGGCGAGAAAUACCCCGAAGAUGUCAACUACACCUUUAUGCGAGCCUUUAAUGCCGCCUUUGGCAUUGCCUGCAUCCCCAUGGCCUACUUUACCGCCAAGGAGCUCAAGCUGACUCGGCCUGCCGUCUGGCUCGUUACGCUGAUGGUUCUCUGCGAAAACUCUUACACCACAAUCAGCCGUUUCAUUCUUCUCGACUCCAUGUUGCUCUGUGGAACCUUUGCUACCACUCUUUGUUGGGCCAAGUUCCACAAUCAGCGACGCAACAGCUUCGAGCCCGAGUGGUUCUUCUGGCUCUUCAUGACUGGUGUGAGCAUUGGAUGUGUUUGCAGCGUCAAGCUCGUGGGUCUCUUUGUUACUGCUCUAGUCGGUCUUUACACAAUUGAGGAUCUCUGGACAAAGUAUGGUGAUAGGAGAAUGCCGAUUCCUGUUCUCGCCGCUCACUUUUCCGCUCGUGUCGUGGGACUCAUCGUCGUUCCUUUCCUCAUCUACAUGCUCUCGUUUGCUCUGCACUUCGCUAUUCUCGAUUCCACCGGUCCCGGCGAUGCCCAGAUGAGCUCUCUCUUCCAAGCCAACUUGAAGGGAACCGAAGUCGGCAAGAACAGCCCUCUUGAGAUUGCCAUUGGAUCUCGCGCCACUAUCAAGAACAUGGGUUAUGGCGGUGGUCUUCUUCACUCUCACGUUCAGACCUACCCCGAGGGCUCUGGCCAGCAACAAGUCACCUGCUACCACCACAAGGAUGCUAACAACGAUUGGUUCUUCUACCCCAACCGCUACGAGCCCGACUAUGAUCCCGAAGGUGAUCUGCGAUUCAUCGGCGAUGGAUCAGUCAUUCGCCUCAUUCACGCCCAGACCGGCCGCAACUUGCACUCUCACGACAUUGACGCUCCCGUUUCCAAGUCCCACCGCGAGGUUUCCAGCUACGGUAACCUCACUGUUGGAGAUGAGAAGGAUCACUGGCAGAUUGAAGUCGUCCGGGAUGCGGCAUCUCGUGACCGCAGCAAGAUCCGCACCCUGACUACUGCUUUCCGUCUCAAGCACACUGCAAUGGGCUGCUAUCUUCGAGCUGGCAAUGUCAACCUUCCCCAAUGGGGCUUCAAGCAGAUUGAAGUCACUUGCGACAAGCAAAACAAUCCUCGUGACACUUAUACUCACUGGAACGUUGAGGCUCACUGGAACGACAAGCUCCCUGAGAGUGACCCUAAUGUUUACAAGUCGCCCUUUAUUCACGACUUCAUCCAUCUCAACGUAGCCAUGAUGACAUCCAACAACGCCCUUGUGCCGGAUCCCGAUAAGCAGGACGAUUUGGCCUCCCAGUGGUGGCAAUGGCCCAUCCUCAACGUGGGACUUCGUAUGUGCGGCUGGGAUGACAACAUUGUCAAGUACUUCCUCCUCGGCAACCCAUUCAUCUACUGGGGCAGCACGGUAUCUCUCGGCCUCGUCGGUCUCGUUGUGGCCUGGUACAUUGUGCGAUGGCAGCGUGGUUACAGGGAGCUCGACAACAAGGAGAUUGACCAGAUCCACUACGCCGGUAUCUAUCCCGUCAUCGGCUGGUUCUUGCACUAUCUUCCUUUUGUUAUCAUGGCGCGUGUAACCUACGUGCACCACUACUACCCUGCCCUGUAUUUUGCCAUCCUGUCUCUGGGCUUCUUGGUCGAUUGGACCAUGAGAAACCGCGCAGCCGUCGUGCAGGGCGUCAUCUAUGGCGUCCUGUACAGCGUCAUUAUCGGGCUUUAUAUCCUGUUUAUGCCCAUCUGCUGGGGUAUGACGGGAAACAACCAACAGUAUUCGUACCUGAAAUGGUUUGACAACUGGCGCAUCAGCGAUUAA